ACUCUGGCGGCUCUGCGCACCUCCAGCAAGGGCCGGCUGAGCUACUGCCGCCACUGGCUCCAGGAUGAGGAUAUCUUGGAAGGAUGCAUGUCUCCUCUUGUGCUGUCCCCUUAUUCUGGCUGGGUCCUAGACAGAGUGAUUGGGCAAUCAGCCCAAGAAAUUGCACCCUCCAGAAGUUCAACACCUAAAGAAUCCACUCCCCUCACAAACGAGUCAUCUUCUCUGGAGAAGAUCACGUCUGCUAGCCACCAGGGCUCUUCACCAGUUUCAUCUACAGAGCCAAGUGAAACAAAGGGAAAUGAUGAUCUUAGUCUGCUGGAAAUGAAUCAAGAAGUCUUUCCAGCAGCUCUGCCAUCUAAAGUUACAGAAGUUGAAGGCUGCAUUCGGAUGUAUGAAGAGAUGCACAGGUUGAAAGGAAAGGAGGGGCUAAGGCAACGGCAGGAGCAGCAAGAGCAGAUGGUGAGGGCAGUGUACGACCUGGCAAGUGAACAACUGAAGCGCUUUGAUGAACUGAAGGAGCUAAAGCAGCAUCAGGAAUUCCAAGAUUUGCAAGAAGUAAUGGAGAAGAGCUCAAAGGAGGCUCAGGGACAGCAAGAGAAGUUGAAGGAAGAACACCGACACAGAGCAAAGGUAUUAAACCUAAAACUGCGUGAGGCAGAGCAGCAGAGGCAGCGUCAGGAAGAGCUGGAGCGUUUGCGUAAGGAAGAGGGCCAGGAAAGAUUGCGUCGCCUUUAUUCCAUCCAGGAGGAAGUGCUGCAGCUUAACCAGCAGAUUGAUCCCAAUUAUAGACACAAGGACUUGCCAAGAAUCGAUCUGUCUGCGUACAGUAAUCGUGGCAACCAGAUCUGUGGGCUGGUGUCCGGACUCAUCCGCACCACAAGUGAGAGAGGUUUCCCUACUCAAGUAGAUGUGGCCAAUACUGAACGAGCACUGCAGGAGAUGCGAGGGUUGAUAUCCAGCAUGCAGCAAGAAAUCGCUGCAGCUGUGGAAGAAAAAAGGAGGAGAGAUGAAGAGGAAGAGAGACAAAAGCAGAAAGAGUUACUGAAAAAAGAGCAGAUGAAGGCUCAGACUCCUGCCCCUGCACAGCAGUCAGGGGGAAAGCAGCGGAAGGAAGGACUUCAAGUUAAGGCAGAAGAAAGUACCAUGCAGUGGUACCAGCAGCUUCAAGAUGCUGCUGAGCAGUGCGUUGCUUCUUUCAGUGGAAUCAGCAACUGCAAAGACAACAAUGAGGUUAAGAAGAUAAAAACAGAUCUGCAGAAAGCAGCUACGAUCCCUGUGAGCCAGAUCUCUAGAAUAGCAGGCUCUCAGCUGAGAGAGAUAUUUGACAAGAUCAAUAACCUGCUCUCUGGAAAGUCUGUUCAGAGUGGAGGGCGAACUGUAUCAGUGACUCAGCAUCCACAGGGUCUCGAUUUUGUUUAUUACAAACUUGCAGAGAAAUUUGUGAAUCAAGGAGAAGAAGAAGUAGCUUCUCACCGUGAUGCAGCUUUCCCAAUUGCUGUGGUGGCCUCAGGAAUCUGGGAAAUACACCCUCGAGUUGGAGACCUCUUUUUAGCUCAUCUGCACAAAAAGUGCCCCUAUUCUGUGCCAUUUUACCCUGCGUUGAAAGAGGGGACUUCUAUGGAAGAGUAUCAGAGGAUGCUUGGAUAUCAAGUUAAGGAUUCUAAGACGGAAGAGCAAGAUCAUUUUCUUAAACGGAUGUCAGGAAUGAUUCGUCUUUAUGCUGCUAUCAUUCAACUGCGGUGGCCUUAUGGAAACAAACAAGGGACACAUCCACAUGGGCUGAACUAUGGAUGGCGCUGGCUUGCUCAGAUGUUGAAUAUGGAGCCUCUGGCAGAUGUGACAGCUACACUUCUUUUUGAUUUUCUGGAGGUGUGUGGCAACGCUCUCAUGAAACAGUAUCAGGUUCAGUUCUGGAAAAUGAUGUUGCUUAUCCGAGAAGACUAUUUCCCAAGAAUUGAAGCAAUUACCAGCUCUGGACAGAUGGGCUCUUUAAUGCGUUUCAAGCAAUUCUUGGAGGAAUGUCUACAGCAGAAGGAAAUUCCAUUACCAAAGGGUGCUCUGCAGUCUUCCUUUUGGAGAUCAUAAAUCAGUUUAUACUUUUCCCCCUGGAUGUCAGUGCUUUCAGACCUGGCUUCCUGUUUACAUGUAAAGGCAAAAUAAAUAUAUUUUGUAUGUAGAGGAAUAAGGAGAAAAUAUUCCAUCAACCUGUUAAUGUUUAAUUCAUCAAGAUUUAUGUUGGGCAGAACAAAGUCAUGUUUAAUUUGUUGCAAAUAAUUGGAAGUUAUUCCUUGCUUUGGAUUUUUAUAAGUUUUUUGUAUAGUAAAUUGUGGAAAAUUGAAGACACUUCCUUUGUAUGUUUAAACAUGCGGAAGAUGUUUUAAAUAUAGUACCCUGAUGACCUCUGAGCUUCAGAGAUUAAAGGCUCUUGGACUGAAAAUUUGCACAGUGCUGUUCUGUUCAUGGAAGUGAAAAUACCUCACAGCUUUAUGAAGUCUUAACAGAGUAAUCAAUCUCAGAAAUUUACCGCUAGAACUUUAUUUUUGUAUUUAUUACAUCUGUCUUUUAUAAUUCAGUUUUAAUUAUGCUGACGUACUUGCAUCCUGUUUGUCUCAACAACAUCUUAAAACUACAGUGAGAUUGGUAAAGGCAUUUGGCCUAGCAGUGUUGAUGCUUAACUCUGUUGAAUGUAACUUUGCUCCAAGAGGCAGUACUUUCUAUUUAAGAGAGGUAGACUCACUGUUGUAAAAGGUUUGCAUGGAUAAUAGUAAUGUCAUGAGGGAAGAGCAGAGUUCCUCAAACUACAGAAAUUCUUUUCCGUUAUCCAUCAGAUAGAUGGAAGCUAAUAAUCCAUUUUCUUAUGUAAAAAAGAAAAGAAAAUGGCCAAGUGGUGCAUUCAUUCUAGCACUUUUGCUGAUGUUCUGCCAUCAUUUGAGGGGGAAAUGGUAUGCUUGGAUUACCUGAGGUGCAUUUCAUAAGGGCUCUUGUUAUGUGAAUGGAUUUCUUCCUUAUCAAUGUUAUGGUAUUUUGUGUAUCAAGUACUGUAAUACUUUUUUACCAAUGGUGGAUUAUUCUGAGAAUAGUUCAUUCUAGAAAUCUGUUUAAAUUAAUAUUAAAGUUUGAUUUUUUUCUUUUUUAAUCUGAAGCUGAUGCAGUUUGGUUUUUCUAUAGAAGAAGGAUGGUCAAGAAAAUCUGCAGCUCCUUGGUGAAUUCAGGA